CCAUCGUUGAUUAUUAUUUGGCUACAAGUUACUGCAUUGAAAAGCAUUAGAAACAGCAGGAUGUCUGCGGAAAUUUCAGGCGCCCAGCUCGUCAGGGUGUGCACAGUUCUCCAAGACUGCGCAGACCAGCUUGCAGUUUUGGGAAACAUCAUGCCCGAUACCUACCAUGGGCGGCCAGAGGCUGACUCGGUGGUGGGAGCAGACAUCAGCGGGGUCAUUUCACAACAUAGAGAGGCAGAGCAGAGUCUAAAGACAGCUCGUCAAAGUCAUGCUGAGGGUGGUGCUAUAACAGAGGCUGUGCAAGAAUUGCACAAAUCACACAAAGAACUAGACCGCACCAUGGACACAAAUCCACUAUCACCUGACAACCUUGCUAAAGUACAGAGGGACAGGCAGUUUUUAUCUGAGGUGAUCCUAAAUAUGUUGGCAGAGGUUAAAGAAAAAGGAACAUUUGAAAGCUUAUUAUUGGCAGUAGAAGAGGAAAAGAAGAAAAAAGCCCAUCUCCUGGAUAUCAUAAUAAGGGAGGAGGAGGGCAGACGACGGACUAAAGCCUUGCAGAGACAGCUUCAGGACAUCCGCAAGGAAAAAACACUGGAGUUGCAGAGGCGUGAGGAGAUGACAGCCCAUCUUAAGGACCAGCUACAGGAGAUGAAGGUCAAGACGAGCUUGGAGAGGAAGUAUGUUAAAAACAGCACAGAGUUACUGGUCUAUCAAGGACAAAAACUCAACACACACCAGGAGAAAUUGCUAGAAGAUGAAAUAAAGCUCCUUCAGAACAAGAUGGAGAUGGAGGGGCGUGCUCACAUGGAGAUGGAGAUCUUCCUUAAAGAAAACCUGUCUAGGCUGGGAGAAAAGUUAGAGUACUGGAUGGAACGGUAUGAAAAGGAUAUGGAGGACAAGCAACAGGAGCUCAACACCCUAAAGAAUGCAAAGUCCAGCAAUCUUGCUCAGUUGCAGGAUCUGGCGAAGAAGUAUCGGGAGAGUGAGCAGGUGGUCAUUGAGAACAGGAUUGAGAAGGAGAACCUCCGUAAGAUGCUGGAGAAACAACAGAUGGAACGUCUCGCGGCAACCAAGAUCCAGUCAUGGUGGAGGGGCACGAUGGUGCGCAGAGGACUGGGCCAGUACAAGAAGGGAAAGAAGGGCAAGGACGGCAAGAAGGGCAAGAAGAAAAAGAAGUAGAACAUAUCCAGGGGAAAAAGAAUAAACAAACAU